AGUGGUGCAGCACUUGAUUUUUCAGCUCCAACUUUGACGCAUACAGCAUCAUGAUGCUCUUACUGAGGCACACGCUGCUUACCUUGCUUCUUGCAGCCCCUGGCCUUCUUGUCUCUGGAGAGAAUAUGAUUACCUGCUACGGUAAUAUCCAGCGCCUCACUUGUGACACUGGACUGAUAAUGGUGACAUCUACUAUAUAUGGACGUACGGACCGCAGCACCUGUAUUACUGCUCGGCCCCCUUCUGAGGUUGCUAAUACCAACUGUGCCUCAAGGAUUUCCACUAUUGCUGAAAGAUGUAAUGGACUAAGAGAGUGUGAGUUAAAGACAGAUUUACUUGGCAAUCCUGACCCAUGUUUUGGAACUUACAAGUACUACAACACCACUUACGACUGCAUCAGUGCCGAGGACACUGUGAUCUGUGAGCAAGGCUACAGCACACUGGACUGUGGAGACGGUUCUAUUGAGAUCAUAAAUGCGAACUACGGGCGCGCUAAUUCAGUAACCUGUGUAAAUGGACUCCCCAAUGGUUUGAUCCAGAACACCAACUGUUACGCUCCAAACACACGCUCAACUGUGGCCGCACUGUGUAAUGGACGGAAGAGAUGCACUGUAGAAGCUUCAUUCACCAUCUUUAGAGAUCCUUGUGUUGGGACUAGUAAAUACCUCACUGUGUCCUACAAGUGCAUUCCAACUCCUAGGGAAAUUGUGACCUGUGAACUUAACACUGCUGUGCUGUUAUGUGGUGCUCGCCGUAUAAAGAUCAUCAGUGCUAACUACGGCCGAACCAAUUCCACCAUAUGUUCUUCAGGACGACCUGCCAGUCAAGUCAGCAACACAAAUUGCUACACUCCCGGUGCACUAAAUAAAGUUGCAGCUAGAUGUGAAGGACAGAGCAGCUGUAACGUGCCUGCUACAAAUGAAUUCUUCUCUGACCCCUGCUAUGGCACUUUUAAGUACCUGAGAAUUGUGUACGCCUGUGUCUAACUAAUAACUCAAGGGAAACCAGCUUUCUCCUCAGUGGCCUCUCUUCAGUCUGAAGAGGACAGAGAUCAGAUUUUAAAUUUGCAACCAUGCAGAUGAUACAGUGCAGGAGUUUUGGUGGUGGUGUACUUAAUAUUUCCAUGUUAUAUAAUCAACUGCUGUAAUGAUUUUGUUUCUGAAGCUUACUUACUCUGCAAUUUAUUAAUGAUUGCGCAAUAAAGUUUCCUCUAAA